AUGUUGAUGAAGAACAGUGACCUAGAGAUUAAUGUAUUUAAGGUGCUAGAUUCUGUCCCUAUUGCCAGCAUGUGGAGAACUGUGCAGGUUUGCAAUGAGAUCACAGACUUUAUGGAUGCUUAUUAUAGAGGCCUAAAUAGGAAUAUCUUCAUGGUGCUGUCCAUAAUAGGAACUCUUUUCGGUCUUAAAGGGAUUACCUGUCCAGCCAACACGUAUAUCACACCUUGGUCACAGCAUGUGAGGUUUGCUGAAAGUGUGCGAGGUCUACAUUAUUUGCAACUACUUAUAGCCUUCAAAGUAGAUUUUCUAGCAGUCUUCUUUGAGCUUGCUUUUGCAGGCAUGAUUAAGGGUCUAACACUCAUCUCAUGUUAA